AUGACUAUGACGAUGAUCCUGCAUCUUAUUUUCUAUUCAGUUAUAACGGCAACAACAAUAUCAACAAUUCAUCCAUGUUAUGUGAAAUCUUAUCUUGAAGUAUUAAAUCUUCGAGACUGUUUAAAUAGUUCAAUACAAAUCGAAACAACAUAUUGUCGAGGUUAUUGUUAUUCAAAAGAUUAUCUUAUUUAUGAUUGGCAAUCUGAAGCAAUACCUUAUCGACAUCAACAUUAUAUUCGUUGUUGUUCACCAAAUAUAACAAUAUCUCGUGAAAUAAAAGUUAUAUGUAAUGAUAAACAACAACGAAUAAUCAAAUAUCCUUUUGUUCAACAAUGUCAGUGUAAAUUCUGUAUUGAUGAUUGUGUUAGUUAA